AUGUCAAACGACUGGGGAAACGACUGGAAUACGGACCAAUGGAACACCGGAUACUCGCAACCGCAACAACAGCCUGCAGCUCCAGCUCCAGUAGCUCAAGAUAAUAAUUUUGGUGGCGGCUACUACUCACAACAAAGCUCGGGAUUCGAUAACAGCGGGUACGGACAACAGCCUCCCAGUCAAAAUCAAUACGGACAACCUCAACAACAGCAGCAACAGAAUUAUGGGUAUUCACAGAAUAAUGGAGGUUUUGGAAAUUUCCAACCACAACAUCUCAUGUCGGAUCCGAUGUUGAACGCUGCGAAGCAGUUUGGAGGCCAAUUUGCCGAGCAGCAGAAAGAAAAGCUAACAAAAUAUUUGGGAACCUUCAACUUAAAGUACUACUUCGCUGUUGACAAUGCCUACGUUGGCAAGAAGCUUGGCAUAUUGUUCUUCCCAUUUUUCCACAAAGAUUGGUCUCUGAAAUUCGCCGGAUCCUCCGACCCGGCGCCCGCCAGAGAAGACGUCAACGCGCCGGACCUCUACAUCCCUCUAAUGUCAUUUUUGACAUAUGUCCUCGUUUCUGGAUUUGUUUUGGGUACCCAAGGACGAUUUUCGCCGGAAAUAUUGGGGAUUCUGACGUCGAACGCUCUGAUUUGGGUGAUUCUGGAGAAUAUCGUGAUUUUCAUCUCGAAAUACAUUUUGAACAUCUCGCAAGCGUUGUCGGUAUGGCACUCGUUGGCCUACAGUACGUACAAAUUUGCACAUAUGAUCGUCUGCCUCCUUCUCUUCAUGGUCGGCGACAAAACCUUCUAUUACUGUGCACUCGCCUACAGUUCACUUGUCCUUGUGCUCUUCUUGCUACGAUCAGUAUCUCACUUCAUGUUCGACACCGCUGGAUCCUAUGGAUCUGAUGAGGGACGGAAAAGAAAAUUAAUACUCGUGGCGUUCGUUGUUAUCACUCAACCGUUGAUUAUGUGGUGGUUAACGAGCGUGGCCAGCAACUACGACUACGAUAAGUUCGGUUUGGCUCAACUGGCACUAUCGAAAAUGAGCGGAGGAUCUGGCUCCAAAGCCAAACAAUUCAUGACCAACGACGGUGACAUCGAUUAUGAGGCGCUCUUAAAAAUGCCGAAAGAGGAUUUUGAUGGAAUGUAG